AUGAUUUCAACAAUCGGCACAACAACAGUUCAAACAACUACAGCACCAAACUCGUUAGUCAUGAAUCCAACAUCUAUGUUGGUAGAGAUGAAAAACUUCAUUCCUUCUUCAUAUACUUUCGAAACAAAAAUCCAGAAGAUAAAGCAGGAAUUGUUAACAAGUAAUUUAGACUGUACCGCACAGGAUGAAACAAAUGAACAGUAUCUUUAUGAAAUGCAGGACAUUAUUGACCAUUUACCCAAAUUGCCUGAAAUUCAGCAGCAAAAACUCACUAUUCCCGAAUUUGACGAAAUUGAAGUCAAAGCAACUGACUCAGUAGAAAUAAAGAAGUUCAUACGAAAGGUAAAUUAUGAAUUCCUUGGUUUUCAUUGCAACCAUAAGGUUAUGGACAAAGAUUGCGACAUGUUAUAUAAGAACAUCUCUGACCUUUACAAAUCUGAAGAAUUUAAGACCUACGACAACUUUGUUUCAUUAGUUGCAAAAUGUGUAUGGGAAAUAAGAGAUAAAGAUAGUAGGGGUAAGGUAUGGAAUGAACAGAUAAGACCCGCUAUGUUUGAGAUGAAGAGAGCAAUUGACGCCUUGGUUGUUUUAGCAGGUAAGGUUUCAGAAUAUAACGCAAAAAUGAAUCCGCAAUGUUCUAAAUGUAAAGCAGCAAUGAGGAGAUAUAACUACUCCGUCAAAGAGAUAGAACGUAUGCGAAACGACUAUGCAGACUUAAAGAAAGAAGC